UUGGGUGUGGAUUAAAAUUAGCGUGUAGGUAUCAGCUGUUUAUGAAAAGUGGAAAAAUCCGGAAUCACAAAAUAAAAAACAGAGUGAGACGGUUUGAUAACCGUAAAAAUAAAAAGUUUGGUGUCUACCUGCUGCGUCAUCUAACAUAAUUAGAUUGCAUAAUCGCACAUCUGAUUACGGCCGUCUUUUUAAGUUUACUUUGUCAAUUUUUAGAACCAUGCUCCUUCGGUUGACUCGGAGAAACGUUCCUUUAGCCUCCCGUGCAAUGUCUUCGGCACCGGAGAAAACGGUCAUCUCCGAGGAGGUCGGCAAAAAUGUUGGUUUAAUUACUCUGAACCGCACGAAGGCACUGAACGCAAUCAACUUGGACAUGGUUCGUCAAAUAUACGGAGUGAUGAAACCCUGGGAGAACAACAAGAGCCUGGUAGUGGUAAAAGGCGCCGGCGAGAAGUCGUUCUGCGCCGGAGGUGAUGUGCGAACCCUAGUCGAGAAUGGGCCGGUUGAAUCUUCCAGAAAUUUCUUCAGGGAGGAGUACCGGCUCAACGAAUUGAUUUCCUCGUACAAACCGGAUUAUGUGGCCAUUGUGGACGGUAUAACAAUGGGUGGCGGCGUCGGUUUGUCCGUUCAUGGAAAGUACCGAGUGGCCACUGAGAGAACCAUGUUUGCUAUGCCGGAAACGGCUAUCGGUUUGUUUCCAGAUGUAGGUGGCGGAUAUUUCCUGCCACGAUUGCAGGGCAAAUUAGGUCUAUAUCUGGGAUUGACCGGUUUCCGCCUCAAAGGGAAGGAUGUGACAAAAGCUGGCAUCGCAACCCAUUAUGUAAACAGUAAGGAUGUGGAGGCUUUGGAGAAGGCUCUGAUCGCAACAAGCAACAGCUCGGAAGUUGUCGAUGUAUUGAAUAAGUUCAACGUUGAAGAUAAUACCGACUUCACUCUGGCUCCGCAUUUGAAACAGAUCAACGAAUGUUUCAGUGGACCUACUGUCGAAUCCAUCAUAGCUAAUUUGGAGAAGGAUGGAAGCGAUUGGGCCCAAAACACAUUGAAGACCCUUUCCAAAAUGUCUCCCCUUUCAAUGAAGGUCACAAAGAAGCAGCUGGACAUUGGUCUUAAAUAUGAUCUGCGUAGCUGCCUGAAGAUGGAAUUCCGCAUGGCGGUCCACUGCGUCAUCCAGAGUGAUUUCAAGGAAGGGGUUCGUGCGGUGUUGAUCGAUCGCGAUCAGAACCCCAAAUGGAACCCGGCAAAGUUGGAAGAAGUAACUAACCAGCAGGUUGAUCGAUUCUUUGGACCGCUGCCCGAUGGCGACGAGCUGCUGUUUGAUGAUGAAACGAAAGCAAACCUUUGAAUCGGUUGCUGCAAUGGGGAUAAAUGGGAAAAGGAAAAGCUACCUCUAAGUGCAUUUAUUAGACUUAGGUGACAGUUUUGUAAACAAAAAUGUGGUGAAUGGAAUAAAAUUCCUACUUUUCUCUUUUCAUAUA